CAAAAAACGUUCGCGACGACGCAGCGAAAUUCAAUACACGGCCAAUUAAAAAAGGGCACAGCAGCGUGCCCAUCUUCAGCCAUGUCGCCCACGCCCGACCCAGUCGCCGACAUGGUCGACGUCAAGGAAGAAAAUGGAAAGCGCAAAGCUUCCGAGGAUCCUACGUCGCCAGCAGCCCCGAAACGCAUCAAGCAUAGCGGAUCAGAGGAACCUACCGAGCAGCCAGCAACCAACGGCGAUGCGAGCGAGAAACCUACCGACGGCGAGCACACCAACGGCGACAAGCCCAGCGAGGACGGCGACGAGACGAUGAAUGGAGACAAUCCCACACAAAACGGCACUACCAAUGGCACCGAAAAUGGCGAUGAAAACGACACAGACGUCAAAGAGACCAAGCCUGAUGACAAGGACGGCGCCGAAGCCGAUGGCGACAAGAAGCCCGCAGCCCAGCCUCUCAAGCGCAUACCGUUCCCCGAAAAGCCUGCAGCCAUUGAAGAACGAAACGGCGAGAUCGAAUUCCGCGUAGUCAACAACGACGGCGACCGCGAGUCGCUGAUUGUGCUGACAGGCCUCAAAUGCAUCUUCCAGCGCCAGCUGCCCGAAAUGCCCAAGGGGUACAUUGCGCGUCUAGUGUACGACCGAACGCACAUAUCCAUCGCAAUCGUCAAGAAACCACUCGAGGUCGUCGGGGGCGUGACAUUCCGCCCGUUCCGCGCGCGCCAGUUUGCCGAAAUCGUCUUCUUCGCCAUCAGCUCCGACCAGCAAGUCAAGGGCUACGGCUCAUACCUCAUGUCACAUCUCAAGGACUACGUCAAGGCCACGAGCCCGGUGAUGCACUUUUUGACGUACGCCGACAACGGCGCCAUCGGCUACUUCAAGAAGCAAGGGUUCACCAAGGAGAUCUCGCUCGCGCACAGCGUGUGGAUGGGCUACAUCAAGGACUACGAGGGCGGCACCAUCAUGCAGUGCUCGAUGCUGCCGCGCGUGCGGUACCUCGAGGCGCAGCGCAUGCUGCUCAAGCAAAAGGAGUGCGUCCAGGCCAAGAUCCGCGCCUACUCCAAGUCGCACACCGUCCACGAGCCCCCCAAGGAGUGGAAGACGGGCAUCAAGGAGAUUAACCCGCUCGAUAUCCCGGCCAUUCGCGCCUCAGGGUGGUCUCCGGACAUGGACGAGCUCGCGCGCCAGCCCCGCCACGGACCAAACUAUAACCAGCUGCUGCAUCUGCUCAACGACCUGCAGAAUCACAAUGCCUCGUGGCCCUUCCUGGUGCCCGUCGACCGCGACGAGGUCGCAGACUACUACGAGGUCAUCAAGGAGCCCAUGGACCUCAGCACCAUGGAGAACAAGCUCGAGGCAGACCAGUACGCGACUCCGGAGGAGUUCAUCUACGAUGCCCAGCUCGUCUUCAACAACUGCCGCAAGUACAACAACGAGACUACGCCCUAUGCGAAAUCGGCGACCAAGCUCGAGAAGUUCAUGUGGCAGCAAAUCCGCCUCAUUCCCGAGUGGUCCCAUCUCGAGCCGGAAAAGUAAGGCAUUCUACGCAAAAGCAAAAGAAAAGCAGAGUCUGGCUGUAGUUUUCAGGCCCACACUGCUCUUUGUUUUCUUCGUUUUCUCCAUUGUUUCUUAUACAUGACGGCGUUUUACGGUGUGGGUGAAAGGAGUGGCACCUUUCCAAAGGGUGCACCUGUUGCAUUUAGUCACUUGGCUGUAUAUUUUAGCAUGGCGUUUCUUGACGAUAUUCCUCCUGUCUGUUACUGUAACGGUAGAUAUUAACUUGACAAUUCUUUUUCAUAUUCAUUUGGUUCAAAACACUUCACAAGAAGACGAGUAGUUCGAUUGCAGAUUAAGGAGAUGAAAUGAGUAAUCAUUCAGAUAUCUAUCAUCCUCGCCGAGAGGGAAAACCAAAAAAUUUAACGACCGAAAAGAGCAAAGAACUCCGAGAAAGACAAAGAAAAGAAAAGACACUCAGCCUUUUCUGUAACAAGAAACGAAUCGUCUAUCCGCUGCCCAGUGGUAGCAUGUAUAGUCGCGGCCAGUGCAUUUCAAAGCAAAACAAUCCCCAACCUUAAUAGCAAAAAGAAAACGCCAAUAACCAACUUGAGAGGGAUCUUCUAACCCAAAAAAAGAAUAAAAUAAAGCGUGUCGUGUUGAUGCUGUAAUACGCGAUGGAUGGAAAUGUGGCUUGUAUGCCAGCAAAAGUCGUUGCAAAAGUUGUAGUAAGAGAAUAAUGUGCAGGUUUGAAAAGCGACAUUCAGCAGCUUUUAAAGGUGAAUAAAAAGUAAUAAAAGUGUUGGUCGUGUGUGUGUUUUGUCUGCCAGCAGCGGCGCACACUGUCGAUGAGAGAUUGCCAACGCAAAUGAGAUAGCUUGGCAUGACAACCAAAAGGCGUAGAUAACUUUUAGGCGGUCUGAGAUGUAGCGCCGCCAGCAGCGAAGCGAAGAUCCGAGUACGGGCGACGGCCGCUAGCCAUGCGAACGCGGGAUGCAGGCGAAUCGGCGGAGAGCUGGUUGCGUGACGUGUAGGCCAUCAUGGGCCCAUCCAUGCUGCGAGGGACAGGGUUCUCGCCGCGGAUGGCACGUCGGAGCAUGGGGUGCAUAAAGUCGGGGAUUUCCGUCCACUGGCCAGCACGGGCGAGGGUAAGCAUCUCCUGGGGAAUAAGAGCGGCAGGGAUCAGCGAUGAGCCAGAUGAGGCACGGAAGAUUUGCUGGGUCAUCUGCUCGGUGAGCACGGUGAGCUCACCCGACUCAAUGGCGUUCUUGAGCCACUGCUCCCACUCCUCGUCGACCGAGGCAGGCUCAGCAGUAGUCUCGCGUCUGGGAGUAGCAGCACGGGCACGCUCGGCAGGCUCAACACCAUCAAGCUCGCCGUCGCUCUCCUCAAUAGGGCGCUCGUCCUCUUCAUCCUCGUCUUCCUCUUCCUCCUCGCUGUCGUCUUCAUGGCGUCUUGUGGUGUAAACAGUGGUUGUGACUCUAACUUGUGAACGAGGGCGGAUAGGGCGGAGAGUCUGAGGAGGCUCAACCCAGUUAGGGAAGCCGUCGGAGGUGGUAUCGCGGAUGACGAUGCCCUGCUCCUUCUCGUACUUUUCCUUGGCCCAUUUGGUGCCCUCCCAGCGGGUCAGUGUAGCGAUUUCGUGCUUGGUGAGGCCGAGAGUGUCGAAAGCACGGAAGACACGGCGGUGCCAGGUGAAGCGGGAGAGGCGGAGGCGAUGGGUAGGGUGGGAGUAGUCGAGGCCGGGAUAUUUGGCCUCCUGGGUGUCGAGGUGGCCAUAGAAGGACUGUGUCUCUUGGCGGACCUCGGGGAUGAGGUGACGCUGGAGGAAAGCCUGGAAGUUUUGGGGUUCGCCAACCUUGGGCUUGGGGAACAUGUGGUCAAAGACAAUCUCGUCGACAGAGCGGCCCUUCAUCUUGGCGGUGUUGAGUUGGUGUGUGUUGUGUUGGUUGUUGGUUUUUUGUUGAGUGGUUUACAGCGGUUGAUCUAGCGCUGUUGAAAAUGGGUCGAGCGAAGAAAAGGAAGAAUCUAUCGGAAGCCACUUGCGUAACUUGUUGCGAACAAAGAAACCAAAAUGUCAGGCGAGUGCGGACUGCGAGUCUUUUUUAGGCGGCAAGCAGCGGGUGCCUUGAGGCUGUUAAUGCUUAUCGGGCAGGCCUAGUUUAGGUGGCGGUGACGUGAGCCGGGAUUGAAGCCGUGGCCAGGUUGUAUUACUACCAAGGGUAAUACAGCGAGGGUUGGAGGCUAUGCGACGUUGAGUGCUUGCUGGCGAUGUUGGAGUAACAGUGCAAGAGGAGGAGGAUGUCAGAGCAAAGAAUGCAAAGCUGCUGUGGGAUUAUCUGGAGAAGAAGGAAGGGCGGACGCGUUGAAGAAGAGGCGACUUGUCUCACUUGUGAGCAGCAGCAGCAACAGCAGAGCAGCUUGGUACCUUUUUGGGUGGCUGCCCUCUUUUUUGUCUUAGGUGCCGGGCGGCAGUGACAUGCACCCACUAUGGCCACGGCCACCCCUGGUCGGGUGUUUACGGUCCCCAUCCCCCCAGAAGGCCGCUGUAAAUUGCCCCGUUAGCGGAUGGAGAGCCCUGCAGCCAGUCUUACUUGGUACUCGACGUCCGCUGGACAAAAAGCCGGCAGCGGGGUGGGUGGGCUACAACCGGGGGGACCCAGUGGGAGGGUAAGCAUACAAAGUAAGCCGCAGCAGUUAGUAGGUUAGGCAUAAUUGGUAGUCCACGAAGUAAUAGUGGUGCAGUUUUCUGGAAGACUGCCGAGCAGGGGAAAGCCAUCUCCAGGGCAAGGGGGGCCGGAGGGGAAUAGAGUUUCCUAGGGGCCGAAUAUCGCCCAAGGCAGAUAGAUAGAUGAUAUAGAUGGAGUAGUGAGGGUGAUCAUCACUCUGGUUAGUACUCCC